UCACGUAAGUGCAGUUUAAAAAAAACACUUUCCUGUUAUUUUUGGUUUGGCUCACAACUAGGCGAGCCAAAAUGUAUUGUGAACCCAAAUAGAUAUACGGGCCGGAUCUAAAUCUGCAACGAGCCGGAUUUGGCCAGCGGGCCUCGAGUUUGACACAUGUGUCCUACAUUAAUGCUAUCUACAAGAGAUUCAAGGGCUCUGGAAUGGCAGACCCUCUGGUUACAGCAGGGGUAGUAGUGGAGGGGUCUGUAGACCAAGCACUACGAGGGAAGCACUACAGGCGGGGCGUGCACUGCAUCCUGCUCCGGAGAGAGCCUCUAAUCCAUAAACGACUAGCAAAGAUUCUUGAGCAUGAAGAGCUAUCGGAGGACAUCAAGGUGAAUCUCAAGACCCUGCGCAAUGCACUCACUGAAACUCAGGAGGCUCUACAGAAAGCUCACAAGGAUCUCGAGGAGGAUGGUGAUGGAAAGGAGCUGAUCGACAGAGUUUAUGAGAAACCUUUACAGUAUUCUCCAAACACUUUUAAGGCCUUACAAGCUUGUUAUUAUUUGUACUGUGAGCAUGUUAUUGCUGUUUGAAAUACGUCAGGUUCAGCUGGUCUGCCUGUGCGGAUGUCCACACCCUUUUGGCAAACACACUGAUGAUGUCAACGUGUGGAAACUGAGCACACCUGCUGGACGCCACCUGCCACUACAGCACAGAUGACAUACCUCACUGAAACAAGUAUUUCACUACUCCUACACACACACACACACACAAACACACAGAGAGAGUGAGAGUCCGCCCCCUCUCCUCAGCUCCUGUCCGGGGAGUCCAGCACAUUCAGCAGCAUCAGACCUGUGGAGGAGCCAAACACUUCUACUCCUACUUCACCUGUUUUCUGUUGUAACCGACACAUCAGGAUGGGAGUUACAGGAGCGGUUUGCAACAAGCCUGCAGGCGUCCUGUAAGUGACGGACCCAGCUGGUGGUUGCUCCCUGCUUGCUGAGCGUUUCCACACACACCUGCCCGCUGAGAGAAGCAGGAGGGGGGGAGGGGUGUAGGGGGGGAGGAGGAACCAUGAUUGACCUGAGCCACCUGACGGAGGAGGAGCAGGGGGCGAUAAUGACGGUGCUGAGGAGGGACGCCGAGCUGAAGAAAGCCGAGGAGGAGAGAAUCAGGAAGAUUCUGGACAGCGGAUCACAGCCAGACACCGAGCGGAAGUACCGGACUGGAGAGUGGUUUUACGAGGCCAAGUCUCGCAGACACAUGGACAAGAUCCACGGCUCGGAGAUCAUCCUGGCCUCCAUGAAAAAGAGGAAAGCUGGUUUAGAUGGUUCCCUCAGAAUUGAAAGAUCCAAGACACCCAGCAGUCGAGGUUCAGACAUCGUCGCUCCACCAAAACCUGCCAGAUUUUUGGAACCACCACAACAGCACGGGAUCAACGAUGCAGAAAAAGAGAAUCUAAAUUCAGCAGUCCGCUCUCCAAGAACGCUGAGGCACAACCCUUUCAACCGCCCUUCCCUUAUUGUUGUUGAGCCACCUGGAAAUAAUGAUGACAUGUCAACCAGUCGGGACCAGGUGUCAUCUGAGACAGAGCCCAUAUCUCCACUGAAGAGCCAGCCAGCAGAGGCCAGUCAGACAUCAGGGGGCUCCCUCACAUCAGAGUGCUCCUCUGUAGCUUUCAGGCCAGUGCCAAAGAAAAGGACAUUUCUAUCAAGACGUAGCUCCAGUCAGUCAGAAAGCAACAGCCUUGUGUCAGACGCUCAGGGAGGCUCAGCGGGGAUUGUUCCCGCCCCGAGACAGAGCCUCCAGCGAGGGUCCAGUGACAGCUCUAACCAGUCCUACCUGACGGGCCGAGAUGAAAUACCUCAGAAAAGUGUUGUUCCUAAUCAAGUAUCUCAGUCUGCUCAGCCAUUCAAACCUCUAGACAAAAACUCCCAGCAUACACUAUAUGAUGUAUCGCAGGUUUCGUCUAUUUCCAGUCUGGAGAGAGAAAAAAACCCACCUUCUAUAACAAGAGACAGACCAGCCACGUUUAGCAGGAGUGAUGCAUCCACUGGCAGAGAGAUCCCAAAGAAGGGCGAUACACGAGAUGAUCGGACACAAAGAGAACACGUGGCGGUAAACACUGUUGCCCUGCACACCGGCAGCAUUCAGGAUCCCGACAGAGAAAACAACAGCAGUGUGGGAACAGCAACAAGGCAGGAAGAGCUGAGUCUGCCCCAAAGCAUUGUGGAUCCACAUCCUCCAGAAUCUUAUGAUCUCAACUUCAUUGAUAAGUCUGCUCAGCAAACACAGAAGAAAUCCAAUCAGAAACACGCGUUUCAAUUAUCCACUCAGACCACCAGUCCCACUGGUGAUGAGGAGGACUCCAUCGCGAAGGUGCUGGACUGGUUCAGCCGCAGCACAGACAGCAUUGAUUCGCUAAAGACAGACGGCGGUCCUAGCGCGACAAAGAGCUCUGACAAACAUGUCGAAAUCAGCAAACUAAGAGGUGAAGAUUCAUUACGAAAAGAUGCUGGGGAUAUUAUAAGUGAUCGGAAAAAUGAAACCCUUGAGAUGAGGAGGAAUAACUUACAAAGACAGACCAAUGAGGAUAAAGAGUUAAGAGCAACAGGCCGAGAAACACAAGAAGAGGUGAAUAAGGAUACCAGAGAAAGAAUGCUGUCACAGGACGUUAAAGAUAUUAACGAUGAAAGCCAACCUCCCCAAAUCAGUCAUCUGAAGUCAUUCUGGGAGAAAAGCAACCCGGGACCUAAAAUACUUAUCAGCAAAUCAAUCACGCCCGGCCACAACAAACAAAAACCUGUUCACCUCUCAGUGGAGAAAGACGAGGAAAAAGUAAACAAACCCCACAGAGCACCUGAUAUGCCCUCUGUGCCCGGAGUAUACAACAGGGAGGGGAUUUAUGAUAAGUCCGCUUCAAAUCAUCAGGAAAAGAGAGAAAAACAGAAAGAUACUGGAGACAAUGUUCAAUCAAAUAAUAAACCAGAGGUAGACAGUCUGGGGAUGAAUACUUUAACUCAAAGGAACAAUAAUGAGCCAACAUACAACUUAGAUUAUUUAAAGUUAGCAGCCGGUCCCCAAGUAUCUGACAGAAGAGCUUCAGAGACUGAGAUUUUAAGUGUAACCAGACUUAGUCCACAGCCCAGGACACCCAUCCAGUCCAGUCCACAACCUGACAGUAUCUCCCAAUCCAGAGAAACCUCACUGCAAAACGAACUGUCCAAGACUAUUCCUGUGUCUCAGCUGGAUAAAGAUCCAGACUCUGAGAAGCUCCACAUGUCCAGAAACCACCCAUAUAUGGACUACAAGCAAGGCGGGAAUGAUAUACAAAUCACCCCCAAAACACAAAUGCGUCGAGGUUCAAGCGAAGAGGUAAAGAGAAUGGACAGUGAAGAUAAAAGCGUGCAAUCAAGCAUGGCUCCCAAACGGAAAGAGGAUUCAUUUAAUAAAGACAGAAUUACUCACUCAAACAGACAAGGUUUGCCACAUCAAGAAAGCAUUGCAGAGAAGAUAAAGCAGCUCAAAUCUUUUUGGGAGAAUGAGAGGAACAAGUCCCCGUUUUACACCGGCAAACCUAAAGCUCUUGGGGAAGGUAAAGUCGCUCGUGGCGCAAAUCAAGCGAAACUGAAUAAAAGAUAUACGAAGUCCGAGUACGACCUGACGUCAAUUGGAAAUGAUUCAGGCAGUGAUGAAGACUCUGAUAGAAAUCGUCACAAUUUCACUGUUCUUCCCUUGAAUCAGAGACUAGACAAGUUAUCCCCUAGCCUGGGCACGAGCCGAACACAAUUUAACACUCUGCGCGAGUUCUGGGGCGAGGCCACGUCAGAUACCAAGGGAUCAUUUUCCUUCGACAAACCCAAAAGCCCCAAAAGGAAAGAGCCCAUAAGUGCCCAGCUUUCAUCUCAGGAGUUAAAGUGCGCUGACCCUGAGGUUUACUGCGUAUCAGAGAAAACAAGACCAGCAGUCACGAAAUCAUCUCCACCUCCUCAGAAUCGAUCGAAGUCGCCUCAUGAUAGACAGACGGGGUCGAGGGCAGCGAAUGAGGGCAAAAACAGCCAGUUUAAUUACACGACAGCGGAGUCCAAAAGGAGCUCAAAAGACUCUAGCAGAGAGGAGAAAUCCAGCAAACCGCCAAGCAGUUCAGGAAAGGAGACUCGUUCUCCAAAGAGCAGAAAAGACAGCUUCAGCAAUUCGAGCAGUCGUGGAAAUUCCAUGCGUCGCGCCACCAGCAUGUUCGCUCUGAGCGUUCCCGAUGAAAAAGAGCUUAAAAUGGACGUAAGCCCCGUCCACUCCCAGAGCAGGAAGCAGAGGCAGAACGUGGAAAAAGGCGCCUUGCCGAGGAGAUCGUCAGAGGAAACGGAGACUCUGACUCCUCGUGCGCGGGCGUGUGUUCCCAGAGACUACCGCCAUUACCUGGGCAUGACCGAUGAGACCAGCGUCCACACCUCCCUCGCCCCGCCGGUGAAGGACCAGGGGUCCGAGGGGAAGUCUGCCUAUGAGUUUGACCUGGGUGGGCCGAUGAGGGCCAGCACUCCGGUGAGCUCAGAGGAGCGUUACGGCAGGAGGGGCAGCAAGGCGAGUCAGCGCCCCCUGUGGCCAAACUACAGCAGUUCAGACGCAGGUCCAGAGUCUUCGGUGAGCAGCACGUCCGAAACCUGGUCCAGGAACGGUUCAAACCGUGAGAAUGACGGUGACGGCCCAAGCCUUGUAAGGAAAGCGCUAAGGCGAGCAGAAGCACGGCCUAAAAAUCUGGCUAAAAGUAUGGAGGACAUCACAGCAUCCUUAUCGCCACGACAAGAAAGAAGGCAAGACCCAACUGCUGACAUGAGACGGAUUAGUGAUGUUUCAUCCAUCCCGUCACCCUCCUCCUCCUUAUUUUCGGAUCCGGAGCAUCUGAAGAAGAUGAGCAAAUCGGUCCCUUCGUUCUUACAGAAGGAGGACGUGGGCAGAGACACUGACUCCGCCUGCGAGGACAGUGACCCCCCAGGAAGACUAAUGAAGGGCAGCUCUUUGAAUAAUCUCACCGGCUCCUCUGGCAUGGCGUCUUUGUCUUCUCUGAGUGGAAGUGUGAUGACCAUGUACAGCGGGGACUUUGGGAAUGUGGAGGUUCAGGGAAACAUCAAGUUCUCCAUCAACUACAUCCAGAAGCUCAGAGAGUUCCACAUCUUUGUGGUCGAGUGCCAAGACCUGGCUGCCGUCGACCCAAAGAGGGGCCGCUCAGAUCCGUAUGUCAAAAGCUACCUGGUUCCUGACAAAGCUAAUCUGGGAAAGAGGAAAACAUCUGUAAAAAAGAAGACACUAAAUCCAACUUUCAACGAGAUCCUCAGAUAUCGAGUUCGCAUGGAGUACCUCAGAACCCAGACGCUCAUUCUCUCCGUUUGGCAUCACGACACCUUUGGCAGGAACAGUUUCCUGGGCGAGGUAGACGUGGACCUCUCAAAGUGGGACUUUGACCACACCCAGAUGAACUACUUAGCAUUGAAAGCAAGGACUGCACCCACUCUGGCGCCAUCACAUGGUCGAGGAGAGAUGAGACUAGCCGUACGUUUCCUGCCACAGAUCAUCCACAGCGAAGGAUUAGUUAAGGAGGGUCCAAACACCGGAGAGAUUCACAUUUGGGUGAAAGAAUGCAAAAACCUGCCUCUAAUCAGGGCCACCAUCGACCCAUAUGUCAAGUGCUUUGUGCUGCCGGACACGAGCAGGAAGAGUCGCCAGAAGACCCGUGUGCUGCGGAGGACAGUAGACCCGGUGUUUAACCACACGAUGGUGUACGACGGCAUCAGGCAGGCUGAUCUAUCGGAAGCCUGCGUGGAGCUCACCGUGUGGGACCGAGACAGGCUAGCCAGCAACCUGCUGGGGGGCCUGAGGCUUGGAGCUGGAACAGGCAAAAGUUAUGGAGCACUGGUGGACUGGAUGGACUCUACUCCCUAUGAGGCAGCCCUGUGGGAGCGCAUGAUGGCCACCCCGAAUGAAUGGGUGGAGGACGUACUCCCCUUAAGAGUGAUAAACUCUGCAAAAACUGGUUUCAAAUAAGUAAAAGUAUACCAAACUGCCAUAGUGCAAAGACAGACAUAUAUUUGAGAGGUGAAAACACAGAGUGGUAGUAACAGUGUUAAAGGCGCCCUGCCACACAAAACUCUUUUUAAUUGCAUUUUUUUAAAUAUGUUAGGUCCAUAUGUGUUUGUGUUAAGUCGUGAAUGUGAAAAUGA